CUCCCGGCGCGGAAAGGGUUACGAGACAGCAGCCGGAGGGGCCUGGAGAGGAAGAGUCGAUGACGUCCCCGCUCGCGCUCUCCAAUCAAGAUAUAAUCAACAGCCUUGGUUCAAGUGGCAGAAGGAAGCCGGGGCUUCUCCAGCAGCCCGUCCUCUCUCUCCAGCUCCCCGGCUCCUCUCUCCCCCACCUCGUGCCGCUUUCCCCUCCCGCCCCUUUUCUCUUUCUCUCCCCCACCCCCAGCUCCCACCCUCGGGGUGCCGCUUUCUCUUGGCUGGGGUCCCCCUCGAAGCUGCCACCCUGAAGUUUCUGGUGGUGCUCCUGGCCGCAGGGAUGCUGGCUUUCCUUGGUGCAAUCAUUUGCAUCAUCGCGAGCGUCUACCCUGCGGCCGGCGGCAAAGGAGCUCUCCAAGGUGCUGACAAUGGCUCCAACGCCGCGGCCGCGGCCCUGCUGCCCGCCUCGGGUUCGGCGGACAAGACGCUGGGCGCUCUCCAUGGUGCUGGUGAGAGCCCCUACGGGGGCUUCUCGGCGGGGCCCCACGACGCGCUGCUGGACUUGCUGGCCAGCGCCCGGCCGCAGCAGCACCAGCAGCUCUUCAGCCGCUUCCUGUGCACCCCGCUGACCGUCGAGUGCCCGUCGGAGGGAAGCCCGCAAGGGGACAGCCCCGGGGCCGCCGCCAGCGAAGAGCUGCUCUUUCUCCAGAGCACGGCCGAGCAGCUGCGGCUGACGGCGCAGCAGCAGAAAGACCAGAUCCUCAUUGACCAGGAGACCAUCCGGGAGCUGACCACCAAGCUGAGCCGGUGCGAGAACGGCCUUGAACUUACUUUCCAGGAUAGCCCCUCCGUCUGGGGCGUCCCCAGGCAAGACACCAUGGGAGACCUGCCCUGGGACUCGCCGGCCAUGAUUCAGGAGCUCGAGGAGGCUGUCAGGUCGCUGAAAGACAGGAUCGACAAGAUAGAGCAGGAUAUUCCAGCCCGAAUGAAUGCUACUUCUGCUCCUGUGCCAGCUCAAGAGACAAUCCAUAACAAGAUGGAAGAACUAGAGGAGCAGAUCCUCUCCAAGAUUUUAGCUCUGGAGAAAGACCGGUCAUCUGUCCCCAACAACCAUGACUUGCAACAGCAAGAUGUAGAGAAGGAGCUGGAUGCCCUCCAGAACCGGGUCACUGAGCUUGAGCAUGAAACUACAGCCUUCAACAACCCGGAAGCGUUCAAAGUCACCAUCCCCGUACGAAACAACUAUAUGUAUGCACGGAUGAAGAAGAGCUUGCCUGAGCUUUAUGCUUUCACGGUCUGCAUGUGGCUGAAAUCUAAGGGCCCAGCAGGGGUGGGCACCCCUUUCUCCUACUCAGUACCAGGACAAUCCAAUGAGCUUGUGUUGCUGGAGUGGGGAAAUAACCCCAUGGAGCUGAUAAUCAAUGACAAGGUGGCUCAGCUGCCCAUGAGUCUAAAGUCUGGGAUGUGGCACCACAUCUGCCUGACCUGGAUCACACGGGAUGGCAUAUGGUCAGCAUAUGAAAAUGGUGAGGAGCGUGGGGCCGGCGAUAACCUGGCAUCCUGGCAUCCAGUCAAACCUCAUGGUGUGAUCAUCUUGGGCCAGGAGCAGGAUGCAUUGGGUGGAAGAUUUGAUGCCACUCAGGCCUUCGUUGGUGAAAUUUCCCAGUUCAACAUGUGGGAUCAUGUCCUGACCCCAGCAGAGAUCUUGGGCUUAGCCAACUGCACGGCCCACCUGCGAGGCAACAUCAUCCACUGGGAUGAAAAACUGGUCGAGGUCCAUGGAGGGGCAGCCAAGUGGAGCUUUGACAUCUGUGAGGAGAGGAUGAAGGCGUGAGAGGUCCUGGUCCCUACCAAAGGAGCAUGAAAGCUACUUCCCCUUCCUCCAUUCUACUUAAGGAAUGAGGCAGCGUGGGAGAUCUUUAUCCCCGUACAAAAACAUCCUGGAGUCUGAAUUGGUCUGGGGAGAGAGCAGCGUGUGUGAGUGUGUGCAUGCGUGCAAGGAACCUUCUGAACUUAAAAGAAAAUUGUGACAGUGUUUUUUCAUUGUUUCAGUAAAACUAUUUCUGAUUCAUACCGUGAGUGGCAAGGCCCUCCAAAAAGAAGGCUGGUGUGUGUGUGUGUGUGUGUGUGUGUGUGUGUGUGUGUGUGUGUGUGUUAAGGAGUGGUAGGCCAUAUCCCAACAACAGUGUGAUGAAGGCCAGGGGUUGAUGUUGUGGAUGGGAAACUGUUGGUGGAACUGCUACUGCCAACAUUUCUCCCCCCCCCCUUUCCCAUUUUGCUGGUGCCAUCAUUGAUUUGAUAAGGGGGCUCUGAUAAGCAGGAUUCUGGAGGCUUUAAAAUUUGCUUGGUAGUGGCGGUAUUUGCCCAUGAGAAGCCAUUGAUUGUCUUGGAAUACACAAGCCAAUAUUCCUUUAGUCUUUGCAUGCAACCACCAGGAAGUUCCACUGACUUUUCUGCCUUCUGGCCUCUGAUCUCUAGCCUUCACUAGUAAGACAGCCCUUUGCCAACAGAUUCCUUAAUUCAACAAAGGCCUAAAUUCUAGGUUCGGGUUCUCUUCUCCUUAUGAUGAGCCAACAUUCCACCCCCGAUACGAAGCCAUUUGAAAUGCUGUGUGAUUUGCACACUUCUGUUCAUUUUUAAUGGGACUUAAGAUUCCAAAUUCUUUUAAUAGCUUUUUCUUUUUUAAAAAAAAAUCCAUUGUUUUAUACUUUAUUAUAGCUUUUAAAGAGGGAAGGCAUAAGUGGCAAUCAGAAAAUUCUGACUUUCCUACCCUAACCCUUUAUCUACUGGAGCUGCUCUUCCCGUCUCUUCCCUUCCUCUAAGG